GGAGACCUUACUUUGACAAAUUUCACUGCAUUCCAAAAUUCAGAUCAGGUUAUAAUUUGUUCUGCUGAACCCGUUUCUGAUGCAGACACGGUAAGUUUUGUAUCUAGGAUUCAAACUUUGUUAACGAAAUAACUUAGAAUAUUUAACUUAAUUAAGACGAUUUUUAAACGAUAAAGCGCGAUUUCCUACACAGCUCAACAUAUCAUAACCGAAUUUCCCGCCAGCAAUGUGAGUUAAACUCUGAUGAAAAUGAAAAAGAAAAAAAUGACAUGGAAAAAGAGGAAAAGGUUUCUUAUUUUGUUUACGGCGAUAUUUUAAUUUCUUUGAUCUUCUCUGUUACAGUAACAAGUUAUAAUAAACUUGCUUCAAUGUCACAUCUAGGAGAAAGAAUGAAUCUUGUUUUCCACUAUUGCUAUCUUUAGAGUCUCACAGGCGCUGGAUUUUUAUUCCCUGCCAAUCAUUCAAGUCAAGGGGUCUCAGGUACAAUGUCUUGUCAAUAGAAAUAUAUUGGUGUGUGUGUGUUUAUGUGCAAGCUUAUGAGGGCCACUGGUUUAUCAGUUUGUACACUGUUAUGUGUUUUACUCUAUAAAUAAAAUAUAUUAUUAUUUUAAUUAUUAUUGCUAUUAUUAUUAUUAUUAUUAUUAUUAUUAUUAAAGUUUACUUACAUAGCUUUGCAAAAAGAAACCAAUUAAAGUAACUAAAAAUUAUGUGAAGGCCUUAACAGAUUUUUUCCUCUCUCACUGAUUAUUUCAAAGAUCACAGUGUACCUUGUAGUAAGUCAGUUUUGACUUUAUCAAUGCCGUCACCCAUGGCUGCUCUAGUUCCAGUGACAAACAGUGACAUACCAGUGCGACAGUUACAGGAGCAAACUUUGUCACCAAAAUCUGGAUUCUUCUCAAACAAGGAAGAACUUGAUCACAAUGAUGCCAUUUCUGCUGAAUACCAGCUCUUAAAUUAUAACACUGAAGAGGAAAGGGGUAAUGAUUGUUCCUUCACAUUGAACCAAGAAAAUUUUAGCACUGCAGUGAUUGAUGAUGAAUCUUGCGAUGACAGCUUUAUGCAAACCAUGAAUGAUUCUGCUCAUGCUUUCAAUGAACAAUACAGAGUGAAAAGAGAUGUGAGAGAGACUUUCCCUAAUGUUCCAGCAGAAGCUUUUUCUCCAGAGGCAUUCAUAUCAUCUAUCCCAAUGUUUUGCAAAAUCAGCCAAAAGAGACCAGCUACAAUACGUCCUAAACUCAACACCAAUGACACUUCCAGUUACUGUGAAUAUGGAGAUGCAGAUCAAUGCUAUUCCUCACCAAGUGCUGGAGUGGUUAUACCCAACAAAAUCUUACACUCUGCUUUCUUUAUGCCUGGGAACAGUCAAGGUGUUCCUAUUGCACCCAAACCAUGUCCUAAUGAAAAAGUUUCCUGUUAUGUGCUGGUGGUUCCAGCUCCACUGUAUCAUGAAAAUUGUGCCCCACUCAAAUGCCUUCAGACGCAGCAAGAACAACAUGAAGAAGAUGUUGACUUUGUACCAUCCAAAACUCAUAUGGUAGUAACAGAACAUACAAUUGCACCUGAAGGUAUUAAAAAAGUCCUAUAAAAUUGGUUUUAUUACUUCAUUUAAUUGUUGUUUUCUUUCAUUUCAUGUCACCUUUUAGCAUGAUUACAUCAUCAGCUUAAAAUUCACCCUCAGGCUCUUUUUUUACUCUGGGUCUUUUUUUAGCCUUCCAUGUUCUUCUUGUAUGGACUGUCAUUGUUGUUGUUGUUGUUGUUGUUGUUGUUUUUAAGAACCACAGAAACAUUUCCCUAUAAAAACCGGCUAAAUUACAUCUCGAAAGCGAGACUGGAGGGGGGAAUUAGUCAUUCUGAUGUGUAUUCUGAUGUAAUUAAGUUAAAAGGCUCCAAUUGCUUGAUGAUAGAGAACUUUUCCUUCUUCAUUUUUAUGUGAGUUGCCUAUUUUUCCUGAAAGAAAAUGUAAACUUGUUAUAUAUACACUGCAAUUUUUCCUCACCCUUUAUAUGAAUUCAGUCUCUUUAUGUUCUUUCUGUCCUUUAGGAUGUUUUGAUGAUUGUUUUUAGCCAAUUAGUGUUGUAAUGUUUACAUUUCAAUAUAGUCACAUUGUUUUGAUCAGUCUAUCACAAACAUGAAUAGCUCAUGCCCUAGGAGGGUGGUAUGUAUUUCCAUAAAAUGAAACCGAAAGGUAACAGUCUAAAAAACUUCCUUGUACCUUCAGGGUUUUGUUUAGGAGUCUAUGUGCUAUGAACUGAUAAAAAUUAGAGUAACAAAUCAAUUUUGUAAUCGUUCUUAUAAGGAGGCACCCCCUUGCAGAAUACAGAGUUUGAGCAUCAAUCAAUGCAGUGGAACCCACACCCUCUAAAGCCAGUUAGAACAGCCUUACCUUCAACUAUCCUGCGAGUGUCACCAAGCCCUCAUGAAGGCAGUACAUCCUCUCCCAUAAUCACCGUCUCAACUACAUCCACUCCAAUCCAACCAUUACAAGGCAGAAAGCAACAGUAUGUUAUUGCUCAAGGAAACGACAGACACUCCAAGGGGUUGUCAACCUACAAGGACAGUUUGACAACUUCCACAGGAGAAGAAAAUCACCAACCUAUUUAUCUGCAAGGUACAGAAAGAUGGUGUGAGUUUUCCUCACCGAAGAAACACCUAAACCCUAUCUUUUCUUAGUCGUUUUUCUACUUCUAAGUUAUGGAAAGUACCAUUACAUGGGUAAAGCAUCUAUUGUGUUUAAAAAAAAAAUUAUUUUAGGUCUGCCGCCUCAAGGUUUCAGAAGACUAUUGAAGAGUAAAGAAGGCUCUGGCUCAGAAAGAACCUCAAAGGUGAUUUACCUUAAAUAUUUAUGAAAAACUAACACUAACCUGGAGAUAGUUGCACAAAUUAGUUAUCUACAAUCAGGCCCUGGUUCGAAUUAAAUUUUACAAGCUAAUUGUUGUGUGUUUCUAGAGGUCACUGGCGCCACUGUUCUCUGAACUUUCAACUUCACCUGGUCAAGAGGCAACAGUUCCACAAAUGGAGAAGUCCCCACUUACCUGCAUAAAGAUCAAAGCACCUUAUGAGAUGAACGUUCCUCAGACUGUAAGAACGGUGAGGAUUUUGUUCUUAUUGGACAACGAAGUAUUUGAUGUGUGUGAGUUUUGCAUGCUGACAUUUCCGCCUGAUCUACAGAAGAGAGCAUAUCUUUUUGAAGCAUUUAAUUUCUUAGAGAGCCUUUCGAUCGUACAUCGUGAAACCAAAAGCAAAGUAACCACAACAGCCAUUAAAAGUCAAGGAAAGAAACAUGUAUCACGAGAAGGCAAAGACAACUGAGAUGUACGUUCAAAGUGCGUUAAGCAUGAAAAAAAUCGGGUAAUCACGUCAGAAAUUAAGUUCAAAUUUGCAUCCGCUCGGUUUGUACGAGAAAGACUUUCUUUCGUCCCGUCACAUGCUUAGGACAAAGAAAAAAAUUGUGUGUUGUCAUAUGGAAUAACGAAGCUCAGACCCUCGGAUAGUAUGCUCUGAUGCUCUACCAGUCUGGAUAACUGGUCAAGUCGCUCUAAGUCUUCUCGCCCGAAACUGGAGUUAAGUCGCCUGAAAUCACGAGUCAUGUCGCCCAUUUUUCGUCAUAUGUUAAAACAGGUUUCGGGCCAUACGAAUUCGUGCGAGAUGACUGUAAACCUACCACUGAGCUAAACCAUUGCUAGGUUCGUAUCUAACACGUGUCCUGCAUACUGCUAAGACCAGCAGUCUCGAAAGCGUCGUGCGUGCAAUAAGAACAAAAAAGAAGGUAAAUUUUGAGCUUGGUGAAGAAAUAGAAAUUGUUACGGGCGUGGAAAGGAAGGGAGUUUUCGAUUCUAAACUAAUUACAGCAUAUAUGUGGGAAAGCAGACAUACUGCAAUCUUGAAUCACUUUACAUCACCAAUGAGAUAUUUUCAGGAAUUGGCAGAAAUUUUGUAGUGUACAUCGGGUAACUGUGGCGGAACAUUGUUACGCCUCUAUCAAUGAGAAAGUGAUAACAUUUACUUGAGUUUAUGCUUUUUCUUUUGCAGAAUCAAGACAGCAGCCUUCAAAUAACGAGGGACCUGGAUACCCGUUUAACAUCUGCAGAGGAGAUAGACCUCCAGACAACUGGUAGGCGACCUGAUGAUUCCACUGAACCUUUCUUUCCUCAUCCCGUUGCAAGCUGUUACCUCCCCAAAUUCUAUCAAAUGUCAUUUACCAACCCUUUUUAAUUGAUCAAUUUUAAUUAAUCCCUUUUAAAUGUUAUAUUUGAAGAAUGCAUUAUAAACAUCGAUUCCAAGGGCUGUUGUUUUCUUUGCGCCUCAUCUGAUUUAGGGUUUACUUGAGGUCUGUUCCAGAUCACCCUGACCUUGCUUUUUGUCUGCAUGUAUGCUUGGUUAACCUCGAUUUUUUUUAUCUCACUAUAUACUUGCUUAUAUACCUAACGAAAUGCUAACAAUAGACUGGUUCCACUUGGUCUAGCUUUCUUACGCAUAGUUAAAUUAAGGAAAUUGUUUGUAUCUAUAGUCAGUAUAGUAUCGGAAUGCAGGGAUAAUCCAGAAAGUGAGCCUUCUUUAGACUGCAAUGUUACCGAAAGUGUUGAAAUUAUAGCAACACCAACCACGACGGGUAAACGUGGAGAAGAUAAAGAAAAGAAAAAGCUCAGAGACAGGUUUGUUGCUAUUUACUUACUAUGUAUAGUAGCGAGGAAAGAACCUCUUUCGAAUUAUGUAGUUCCCUAUUAAACUCUGCAUAGGCGAAUUGUAAUGGUGCUGAGUUUAUACUCUGGUCUUAACCGGCUGAAGUCCUGCUGACGCCGGCCGAUCGUCGAGUUGAACCUAGGUUCACCCGGUGUCGUGGUAGUAGCGUAGUGGCGUAACAGUUAAGGCGCUGGUCUGAAAGACUGAGUCGCUGCGUUGUGUUCUUGGGUAAGUCACUAUAUUCUCACAGUAAAGUACUCCUUGUUUUUUCAUGGCUUUACGUUAUGUGGACCGGGAUAAGUUCUGGCGCCUUGCUUAGCUCAGGGUGCAGACUUCACCUUGUGUAUUCAUUUAGUCUGCAAACUUCCCUUUGAAAUAUUAAACCAGUCUACUAUUCAACCGUCAAGUAGUUCUAUCGUAUUGGUUAUUUUGGCACUGAAAAGCCACUCUUGCAGAGUGGCCAUUUAAUUUAUUUUUAUGAUAUGUUUGUUGUCUCACAGACGGUAUGAUGCUGAGCUCAAGAAAGCGUUUCAUCAUCUGAGACAAGUAGUGCCGUGUGUUCAGCGGAAUUCCACUCGAGUAAGUUUUCUGAUCGUUUUUGCUUCAAGCAGUUCCUCGCAUGUUUUUUACCGUAGUGUUAGCUGGUUUGCUGUGUAGUUAUGAAGUGGGGGAAACACCAGCGGAUAAUUCUGCUCUGUCUGCCAAUCAAAGCUUACUCAAAUUCGUUUGUCUUUCAUAUCAUUAUUAAUUUAUCUGUACCAUAGGGGCAGAUUUUACAAGAAACCAUCAAGUACAUCGGAAUCCUUGAGAAGAAAGUUACAGGUAAAGCCGACUCAUCUCAUAUACUUGGAGCUUGGGAAAUGCUUUGUUGGACACUUCACAACUAAUGAUGAAUCAUUGUCAUUUAGAUGCAGGGCUGUGGUCAACUUUGCAGUCACUAGAAGCUCAACGGAAUGCUCAAUUACAAGGCUUUCUUGAAGAAACCUCAACAGUUGAAGAAGAACAAGGAAUCACGAUAGACAAUUUGCUGUCGCCCGUGAGCCACGAUGUUCCUGAUAUUUGUAACAACUUGGUGUUAAGGGCUCUAACGGAGGAAGAAAGUUGUGAAAAUUCCCAAGAAGAAACAGCAACGGUGCUGACCUCACCUUUAAUUUUAAUCUCACCGAUUUCGUUACCGACAGAAGAGCUUUCAUGCACCUUUGUUAGUCCUGAAGAAGCUGUAUCCGUUGAUUCUGUGGAUACCUACGAAGAGGGUAUAACAGUGGCGGAGUUACCCCUGUCAGUUCCAUUACAACAUAUCCAAUUUUUGACAGUGGAUCAAAGCGACGAGACUUCUGUAUUAGCCCCUCAGUUACCAGAGCAGCCCUCAUCCCAAGAGCCUCGUACUAGAUUGAUUCCUGUGGUAGAAGUCCCUGCCUUCACUAAUGACAGUGUCUUCUCAGGGAAGUCUCACGAGGUGCAGAAGUCCCCGCAGCAAGACUCGUUCCUGAGUGCCGUGACUACAAUAAGCCAGGAAAGUUUGAGUGAUCUUGGUGUCACCCUGUCACCGCUUCUUUCUCCUCUGGGAAUUUUAUUCUCUCCUGAAGGGGAUCGUCGGCAGGACCCUACCAAUGCUGUUGUGGUGGAGAGUACGGAAGAAACCGAGGCGAUUUCGAGCUCAAGUACAGAUCCUGCUUCCAACGACGUAAUGUCAAGCAUUUGCUCGGACAUGACUUCCAUAGCAGCCUCUGUAGAAGUUACUACAGCACAGAUGAGCAAAAGAACUCUGCAAAAUAGCAAGACAAGGAAAAGUCCCAGGUCGAGUUCGAUACAGAUUGUACCGUCCUUAUCGCCUCAGUUGGUAGAUGAAUCAAAACGUGGCAUUUCUCGAUUUAAUGACAGGCGUGUGCUGCAGGAUCAAAGUAAUUUUGACGAAGCAAAUUCACCUUUGAUUGGAAAUGGAAGGGGACGCCGGAGAAAGCUGAAAGACCGCUCUCCUGAGCUGGCCUUUGUCGAUCAUACUGACGAGAACUUCUGCUUCGCGACGGACCAAAGCUGCACACCACCCAGUAGGGUGUCAGGUGUUUUACUCACUGGCAAGAAGAAGACACCAAGUUCCCGUGGGAGAGUAGCAGCGAAGAGGGGGCGGCGUAUGUAG